AACAGCUAAGUCUUUGCCUCCCUUGUAUUUCCUUCUCUUUUUGUAUUUUGAUAGAAGAUUAUUAAAGAACAAUGGCAAACAGAACCUGCAAAUUCUCUUGAAGUUGUCACAGAAGAAGCAACAAAAUACUACACGAUCUCCUCCGACCUUUUUCGUACAGGAACUGCGAGUCUGCAAUCUCAUCUUCCACCACCCUCCUCCAGAAGUUUCGAUCCAGGCGUACAUUUAUUAAGCGAGUUGCAAUUUGGCCUAGGGUGGAGUGUCAAACUUUCAAGUUCCUUUUGCCACCGGGUAACCCUAGGUCUUUGUGGUUUCUAGAACGAAAGAGAUGCUGGUAAAUCGGAGACGUGAUCACCUGAGCAGACCAGCCUAACCCUCUCCUCGACCAGCGCCUGCAGCCGGGUCCCUUUAAGAGACCAGAACUGCGUCCGGCGUCGCAGCCCUAAAGGGAUCCUCUCCGGUGCUCCUCCCCUGUCCGCGCGGCGAAUGGUUCGCGCCGGCCUAUAUUAACCCGAGGAUCUUCCUCCCGGACGGCAAGGAUGUGAGGGCGGCCGAGCCGGCUACCGCUCACACGGCCACAGAGGGCGCGCUGCCGCAGACCGGCCGAGAAGCCCGGAGCCAGCCGAGCCGGACACCCCCGGAGGGGAGCGAUGAGGUAGCGGCGGUCCCCGGAGCGGACGAUGCGCGCGUCCUGCCCUCAGAGCCCAGCGCUCCCCUGGCCCAGCCGGCCGAGCGCGAGCCCCCCGCGUCCCCUCGGAGCGAGGAUGCAGUGAGCCACGGGACCGCGGUGCCUGGCCCGCCGCGGCCAGCCGGAGCCCUCGGACCGCGCUCGGGGCAAGCUGCUCGUUCCGGGGGACCAGCCCAGCCCAGCCCAGCCCAGCCCAGGGGCUUGCUGACAGCCACUGGGUGUGGGGAGCACCGGCCCCUGGGCGCACUGCUGUAGUUUCCGUGGCUCCUGGCCCCGGCCCAAGACUUCUCUGUGUGUGUCACGUUCGCUGAAGAAGAAGAGUUACUGCUUUUUUUUCUCUCUCACCAUCCCGAGUGCUUUGGCCGAGCGGGCCAACCUCUCACCCCCCCCCCCCCCCCCCAUUUGUAGGCACUCAUCUGGCUUUUUUUUUUUUUUUUCUAAAAUCUUUCCAGCUCCGCUUCCUCUCAUUUUGAUGCUUGUCUGCGACUUUUGUCCUGGUCUUUCUUAUCAAGGCUUCUCCAAUACUCUUUCUCCCUCUCUGUGUUUGUGUGUGUGUUUGCACACUAGAAGCUGAUUUUUUCUUUCUUUCUUUCUUUUGGAAAUUUGACCCCUGCGGGGUUCUCAGGCACUUUCUAGAUCUCCUCUCCUGCCUCUACCUCUCUGUACGAAUUUUAUUUUCCGGGGCUUGCACGGGCCAAGCGCAGCCGGGGCCGGUGGCUCGGCGGGGCUCGGACCCCGUGCUCGGCCGCCGCCGCCCGGCCGCUCCCGGGCGUCCUCCGGAGAUGCUGCCGUGGAAGAAGCACAAGUUCGAACUGCUGGCCGAGGCGCCGCCGCGGCAGGCGUCCAAGCCUAAGGGCUACGCCGUGAGCCUGCACUACUCGGCGCUCAGCUCCUUGGCCAGGGCCUGCCCGGAAGGCGCGCUCAGCCGGGUGGGCAGCAUGUUCCGCUCCAAGCGCAAGAAGCUUCACAUCACCAGCGAGGACCCCACUUACACUGUGCUCUACCUGGGGAAUGCCACCACCAUCCAGGCGCGCGGCGACGGCUGCACCGACCUGGCGGUGGGCAAGAUCUGGAGCAAGAGCGAGGCAGGCCGUCAGGGCACCAAGAUGAAGCUGACCGUGAGCGCGCAGGGCAUCCGCAUGGUGCACGCGGAGGAGCGAGCGCUGCGGCGUCCCGGCCACCUCUACCUGCUGCACCGCGUCACCUACUGCGUGGCCGAUGCGCGGCUGCCCAAAGUCUUCGCCUGGGUCUACCGACAUGAACUGAAGCACAAGGCUGUGAUGCUUCGCUGCCACGCGGUGCUCGUGUCCAAGCCGGAGAAGGCUCAGGCCAUGGCCCUGCUGCUCUACCAGACGUCGGCCAACGCUCUGGCGGAGUUCAAACGCCUCAAGCGGCGGGACGACGCGCGUCACCAGCAGCAGGAGUUGGUGGGUGCAGACACCAUCCCGCUGGUGCCCUUGCGCAAGCUGCUCCUGCACGGACCUUGCUGCUACAAGCCGCCGGUGGAGCGCAGCCGCAGCGCUCCCAAGCUGGGCUCGAUCACCGAGGACCUGCUUGGGGAACAGCAGGAGGAGGAGGAGCUGCAGGAGGAAGAAGAAGAAGAAGAAGAGGAGCACCUCGAGGGCUGCCUGGAGGAGGAGGAGGAGGAGGACCAUGUGGGGGAUGGGGAUCCAGCAGACCAGGAGGCUGAAGCGCAGAGGGCGCUGAUGGUGACUAUGCACUUGGAAUGUGGGGACUUGCUGGACCCGCUGGAGAAUGGCCACGAGGAGGCGUUGGGGGACAGCGGGGUCUCCUUGGGCCCCAGCUCCGGGACAUCGCCUCUGCCAGGCUGUGCCUCCGACAUGAAGGCCCAACUGUCGCAGCUUAUUAGUGACCUGGGCGAUCUUAGCUUUGGCAAUGACGUGAGCACCCUGGAGUCCAAUUUAAGGGUGACGCGCCUGCUGUCGGGCGAGAGCACCGGCAGUGAGAGCUCCAUCGAGGGCGGAGGCCUGGAUGCCACCUCGGCCACCCUUGGGGACCCAUCCUGCCCUGCUGACAGCGCUGGCCUAGAUGAGCCCUACUCGGGCUAAGCUGCCAAAAGACUUCUCCAUGCCCCUGGCACCCCACAGUGGCUCCCACCGGUAGUUCUAUCCGCCCUAACCUCCAGGAAAGGGAAAAUUACGGACCCGAGUGAGGUCCAGACCCGAAUUUGUGGAGUUCCAUGGGCCUGCUUCUCUGCCACUUCCUGCCCCUGCCUCGGGUUUGUGAGCAGGGAGAUGUGGAAGGAGAGAAGCGCCACAAAGGAAAAGAGACAGGUUCUCUGGGGCUGGCGAGGAUGUGGGAAAUGGCCGAAGUUGGAAAAGGCCAAGGGCGGGCUGGAGGUGCCCAGCAGCCAGUUUCCUGUUUGUGAGGCAGCUGGGGCUUGGGAAGGAGGGGUUAACUUCCUCUCCAGAUCCCCCUGACUGGAAGGCCUCUCUUGUCAUCAAUAACUCAUUAACAACGUCAUUCUCGUUAUGUUGGAGGCUUUCAUGUCACUUACCUGCCCCCAGUUCUUUGGGAUAUGAGAGCUUGGGCUGUUUACCUCAGACUCAAACUCUUGAAAGUAUGCCAAAUUUCUCAAAUAACUCUUGGGGGCUGGGGGGCAGGGUAUGAAAGUUGUGUUUUGUUUACAGUCAAAGACAUCUAAUAUUUUUUAAAGGAAUUUUCCUUUAGAAAUACACCUUCCUCCUGCUCCAAAGCUUCUACUCCAUGAUGCUGUGUAAAAUACUUUUGCACUGUUGUGAAGUAUUUUUGACUUUUUUUUUUGUACAUAACUGUGUUCUCAGAGUUGAAUGUCUAUCUUUUGCUGUGCAAAAGAUCCUUGUAAAAUGUUGUUCAGUUGUAUAUAUGGAAAUGUGUAUAAAACAUUUUGUUAUUUUUGGUUUUUUUUUUUUUUUUUUUGAGCAGUAUUGUUUUGGUUCUGUAUGCAUGUCAGUGGGGUGAGAAUAAAGAGGAAAGCUGUCAAUACAGAAGAGCUUCUGGAAAUGCUGCCAAGAUGAUUGGCAGUGAAGGAGUGGGGCUGGCGAGGAUGUGGGAAAUGGCCGAAGUUGGAAAAGGCCAAGGGUGGGGGACAAUAGGGGUGAAGGGGUGUGUGCCCCCAACCUGCCGAAGCUUGGGGAGGGCCAGAGAUUUCUAAAGGUUUUUUGUUUGUUUGUUUGUUUUUUGUUUUUUGUUUUUUUAAUCAGAUAACUUGAGGUAUCAUGUCUGGGGCCAGCCUCCUGCAUAUUUCAUAUUCCCAUUGCAUUUGUGCUGUCUUGAUUGCUUGUCGGUUUUGAGACAAGAGACUCACUAUGUAGCUCUAACUGGCCUGGAACUCUAUAAUGUAUCCUAGGCUGGCUUUGGACUCAGAGAUCUACCUGCCUCUGCUCCCCCAAGUGUUGAGAUCGAAGACGUGAGCCACUAGCCUGGAGUAUGGAUUUUCCCCCCCUUCAAGCUAAUUAUGGAGAGGUCCGUAAACCCAACUGUCCAAGCGCUUUAGAUGCAUAAGGCUGUUUCCUGAGUGACUUGCCUCCUGCUGUGUUUUUUGCUACCUCCUGUGGGUCGGCCUAACCAUCAAGUUCAAGCAUAAUGUAUCACCUUUUUCCUCUGCGAGUUGCCACGAUGCUCUGAAGACCGACUAGCACUCUAAAGAGGACUCUGUAGAGUGAGGCCUGCUUUGUUUUUCUCCGGGAAGAAAAGCAAAUAGAAAAGUGGUAGGUUCCAGACACCCGGGAGUGAGUCAUGGCACAGGUGGGGUUGGGGGAGACAGCUCGAAGAGCCUGUUUCCUUCGCUUACAGCCCUGCCUGGCCCAGUGGGAACCACUCAGAGCGAGGCAGAGUAGCUGUUGGCUUGGUGUGGGUGUGUGUGGGUGCUGUGGGGUGUUCAUGCUUUCUGUGUUUGUUUCUGUUGGUGAACUCCAACCCAGAUGUCUCUAGUUGGGUUACACCCAAUCAGCUGGAAGUGGUAAUCCGAUGCUGCCCAAACUGC